AUGAAAAUCGCCUCCAUACUCCUUCUCCUGCUUUUUAGCGCCGUGUCACCGUUUAAAUAUGUGAUUUUUGUGCCGAACAUGGCAAAUUCACAGGUAUUUUUCGACGAGUGUUUGAUAGUUGACCCAUUUUUUUUAUCGAUUUCAGGUGCAAUUCUGUGCAAGAGUCGCCGAAGUGCUCGCAAAUGGCGGACACAAUGUCACGAUGCUCUUCAUUAGCCAUUUGAGCGAUUUUAAGCAUGAUGUCAAGAUUCCGAAGGGUGUCAAAAGUGAGAUAUUUUGUUCAGAAUGGGUAUUUGAAGAUCCGCAGAAAGUUAGGACUAGUUUAAAGCCAACGAAACAUUUACAAGCUACAGUACUCUUGGGACAGGUUUUACGGGAAAAUGGUCAACUACAAAAAUGAAGUUCACGUUUAGUACUACAAUUUUUCAGUUGAUAACUUUUUUCUACAACCAAUCCCGGGGGCGCUGUAGCGCUCGGAAGAUCAUAAUUUUGAAAGACUACAGUACCCCAUGCAGUGGUCCUGGAAAAAAGUUGCCAACUGCAAAAUGGAAGUACUAGAUGUCAAGAUUUUGAAAAAAAAAAUUGAGAACUAUAAGACGUGCUCGGAAGCGGUUUUCACAUCUUUUUUGCAGCUCAUAACGUGGAAGCCUACGUGGAAGGAAUAACGAAAGCGUUCAUCGAAAAAGAGCAAGCGGCGAUGAUCUUCAAAGAAUCGGGGCUCCGCGACAUGCCGGCCAUGAUGAACAUGUUCAAACGGUUCGGAACGAUGCUCCAGGAGGGAUGUCGUCUAACUCUUCGCAAUAAAGAAUUUCUGAAGUGGCUCGAGGCGGAGAAGUUCGACGUGGCCUACGCGUACAUUUACUCGUCGUGCCCGAUCGGACUCAUCCACACCGCCAAGAUCCCGUCGUGGGUGUGGCUGAACAGCGGACCUUUGAUGGAUCACGUCGCACAGACCGUCGGCGUGCCCACUAUUCCCAGCUACCAACCGCCCGUUAUGAUGGAAUCCACCGAUGAAAUGGGCUUCUUUUUUAGAACAAAGAGCUUGAUCGGACACUUCCUUAUCGGGCUCAUGCACAGAAAGUAAGUGAAGGGGUCUUGGCACACUUUUACUUUUAUACAUUCUUCUUUAUUCUUCCAGAAUGUCCUCCGACAAGGAAUCCGAAAUUUUCCGUGAAGAGCUCAACGAUCCAACCUUCCCGAAUACCAUGGAGAUUGGAGCAAAGUGCCCGCUGGUAACCACUGGUUUCUUCGUUUAAAAAACUAGAGCCUUUUUGUUUCAGAUCAUGGUUAACACCAACGAACUGUACGACUUGCCACGUGCCACUCUGGCUAAAGUGGUGAACAUCGGAGGACUGGGCGUCGGUUUCGAUAGUGCCAAGCAACUCACUGGGGUCAGUUUUUCAAUAAAAAUAGGGUUUCUGAUACCUUCAAGAGUCACCAUGCAAACAUUUUUGUGUCGGAGCACGGUCUCCAGAGCUGACAAUGGGCGCAAGUGCGCCCCGCCCAAUAGAGCGAUACAUUGGCGCGAAAUUCAAAUUUUAACAGCAAAGUUUGGGUUUUUUUGCCAGAUUAGCCACGAAAAACCGAUAAUUUCUCAUUUGUCUCUCGAUAGACCGAUUGUAUAGGCUAUUACGAAUUUUUUAAGCGCAAGAGCGUUAAAUUUGGUCAAGUCGCAAAUCACAUUUGGCUAAAAUUGCCUGAAUUUCAGUUGCUUUUCGGUAGUUUUCGCGGUCCGAGCGCUCAAAAUGCUUGUAUUUACGUGAUUUAUCAUUCUCAAAACCAAUUCUGUCGGAAAACGGUCAAGAAAGCGCAUAAUGAGAAGUGCGGUUUUUAGACGGCUAUCGGCGGCGAAUGCGAAAAAGCAAAGUCCGCGAAAAAAGCGCCAAAACAUCAUUAAUUCUGGGAAUUAGUGUGUUUUCAUGUCGAACAAUCAUUUUUCAUCGCCGUUGACCACAAAAAUCAGAGAAAACCUGCUCAAUUCAUGAAAACGCCAUUUAUUGUCAGCUCGCCCAUAUUGUCAGCUCUGGAGACCGUGCGGAGGGUUAAAUUUGAAGGGUACUUUUCCGGGUCAGUCUGGCGACUGUACAGCCAAAAUUUUACCAUGUCCUAUAUACUUUUGACGCUCAAAUUCGUAUUUUAAGGAGUUCAAACAAAUUGCGGAAACCGGCAAAGGACUCGUCGUUUUCUCGUUCGGAUCAGUGGCGGCCGCGCACGAAAUGCCGGAAACGUGGAAAAAUUCGCUUUUGGACGCGUUCGCCGCCUUCCCCGACUAUCAAUUCGUGAUGCGCUACGUGGCAGACGAUAUCAAGGAGCGACUUCCGAAAAAUGUGCACACCUUCAAAUGGCUCCCACAAAAGGACUUGCUGCUUCAGAACAGAACAAAGGCGUUCAUCACGCACGGAGGAUACAAUUCGUUGCAGGUAAUUGGAAAUUGACAAUGUUUUUUGAAGCCAAGAAUUCUUUGUAGGAAGCAAUUUCGGCCGGAGUUCCGUUGGUCACUAUUGCGCUUUUCGGAGAUCAACCGAAAAACGCUCAGAUUGCGAAGAAACAUGGAUUCGCGGUGAACAUUCAGAAAGGAACCAUCUCGAAGGAGACUAUUGUCGAGGCGUUGAACGAGAUUUUGAGCAAUGAUGGGUUGGUUUUGUUACUCAAACUUUGAACGAGUAUUGCAGGAUUCUAAGACGUUCUAGUACUUGACGAGCUACAGUACUCUUAGAAUCGGUUUUACAGGAAAAUUGUCGACUAAAAGAAUGAAGUUCACAUCCAGUACUACACUUUUUCAGUUGACAACUUUCUUCUACAACUAAUUCUUGGAGUGCUGUAGCUCUUGGAAGUUUUAACAAGCUGACCUAACUUUGAGGGACUACAGAACCCCAGGCAGUGGUCCUGGAAAAACGUUGUCAACUGAAAAACUGUAGUACUAGAUGUCAAGAUGCCCCAAGACCAUUUCUAGACCAUGACCACUUUCCCGGACCCCGCAAUAUUCAUUGUUUUGCAGGUACAAACAAAGAGCGCAACGGCUCUCGGCAAUGGUCCGUGCUCAACCGACGAAACCCGCCGAACGUCUUCUGAAAUGGUCAGAAUUUCUGGCAGAAUUCAAACAACUCGAAAACCUGGAACCGGCGGCUCUCAAGCUCAACUUCCUCCAAUAUCACUCUCUGGACGUCGUCGCCCUUCUGCUCACUGUAGUUCUUCUGGUCCUCUACGUCGGAUACCGCAUUCUGAAGGCAAUUGCGAGGCGCUGUUGUUGUAGAACCAAAAAUGACGAGGAGAAGAAGAAAAAGGAGUGA